AUGGAAAGCGACGUGGUAGCGCAGUUCACUGAAAUCACCGGCUCAAAGCCAGAGCUGGCUACCCAAUAUCUGCAGCUGACUGAUUUCAACAUCGAACAGGCUGUACAGCUUUUCUUCGAGAAUGGUGGUGCGCCACUGACUGAUGAUCCCUUACCGUCUGCCUCCACGCCGCAGCAAGCUUCUCAUGCUGGCGGCUAUGGAAACGAGUCCGGGGUGGUCAAUAUCGACUCCGAUGACGACGUCACAAUAGAUGAGUCUCGCUCUGCGCCUCGGAACCACGGCGCUAUGUUUGAAGAUGAUGCCGCCAUGGCCCGUCGCCUCCAAGAAGAGAUGUACGGCGGAGGAGAUGCCGAAGAGAACGUGCGUGCGCCUAUGGCCCGUACAACAGAAACCUUGGUGGGGCCUGAAGCGGACUUCGACGAUGGCGAUAUGCAUGCCAGCAUAUUGGGUCAACUGCGCGCGCGCCAACAGCGAAACAACCGGCCCGGCAUCUUCAACCAGCGAGACACAUCGAUAUGGUCUGGAGAGGACGACACCUCGGAACGUGAACGGUUGGCUGCAGCGACUGGAGGAGCUUCCGAGGCCUCGAAUAAGUCUAAUAUGUUAGCUGAGAUGUACCGCCCGCCUUUCGAGAUCAUGUCCAGGCUUCCGUGGGAUGUCGCUCGUCAGGAAGGUCGCGACAAUGAGAAGUGGUUGAUGGUCAAUAUCCAGGACCCUUCAGUCUUUGAUUGUCAGGUUCUGAACAGAGACCUCUGGAAGGAUGCGGGCGUGAGAGACACCGUUAAGGAGCAUUUUAUCUUCAUGCAAUAUUCCAAGGACGACCCUCGCGCGGGACCGUAUCUGCAGUACUACUUUCAGGCCAGUGACGUCUCAGAUAAUUACCCCCACAUCGCGAUUGUCGACCCCCGGACUGGAGAACAGAUGAAGGUCUGGUCGGGGCCUCCCGUGAUCAAGGCGUCGGACUUUUUGAUGCAAGUCCACGAGUUCCUCGACAGAUACAGUCUGAAGCACAACGUGAGAAAUCCCGUGGCGAAGAGGAAGCCGGAGAAGAAGGAGAAGAGUAUCGAUGCAAUGACUGAAGAAGAGAUGAUGGAGAUGGCAAUGAGAAACAGCCUAGGGGAUGAGGCGUCUCAAGGUCCGAAGGUGGAGGAUCCUGACGAUCUCACACGCAGCACUGAUGAUGUGAAGGGCAAGGGACGGGCUGAAGACGUUGGGAUGGAAGAGGCCGAACAACCUGAACAGAGCGUCUUCUUGUCCAUCCCGGACAAUCGACCCCACACAGAGCCCCCCGCCGAUCCUGCCACAACCACGCGCAUCCAGUUCCGACACCCAUCGGGGCGAGUCAUUCGACGUUUUUCUUUGACGGAUCCUGUCCAGCGGAUCUACGAAUGGCUCAAGGCUGAUCCGCCCUUGGAGGAUAAAGCCGGUGUGGAGUUUGAGCUGAAUGCCAUGGGCCGCAAUCUGAUUGACUCGCUGGAUCAGACCGUCGCCGAUGCUGGACUGAAGAAUGGUACGGUCAUGAUAGGGUAUGUCGAGGAAUAG